AUGAACUCCAGCGCCGUGUCUUCUCGGUCGCAUCCAUUGCGCCCGUCAAAUCCCAGGUCCGUAUCAACUCAUUCGCGGUCCCGGCGUCUCUCCGCACUCUCGGAUGCCGAACUUGGCCAGAAUGGCGACGCAAGCAGGACUGGAGCAGCUCAUCAGAUAACUGAAGAGAUAGCUGAGAUCAAAAAAUAUGAGGUACAUCCCAUAAGUUUAGAUUGGGUUCAGGAUGCUGCUCGUGAGCAGCUAAGAAGAAGGGCGAAGCGGAAAAGCAAUGUUAAUGUCUUUCAGAGAGGAGAUCAAGAUGGCUGGAGGUCUAAACUUUGGGAGUCUUAUGACGCCGGGCAAGCGUGGAUCGUUGUCAGCCUGAUUGGUGUCGUUAUUGGGUUGAAUGCUGCAUUUUUGAAUAUUGUCACGGAAUGGUUAUCUGACAUCAAGCUUGGCUAUUGCACCACCGGCUUUUAUCUCAAUGAGAAUUUCUGUUGCUGGGGUGCGGAAAAUGGUUGUCCUGAAUGGCACCGAUGGAGCAAUUUUUCGCCCGUCAACUAUACGAUAUACAUUCUGUUUUCGGCAUUAUUUGCGUUCAUGGCGGCUCGCCUCGUUAAAUCUUUUGCGCCCUACGCUGCAGGUUCGGGUAUCUCAGAGAUCAAAUGCAUCAUCGCCGGCUUUGUCAUGAAGGGAUUUCUCGGUUUUCCAACGUUGCUCAUCAAAUCCAUCGGCUUACCGCUUGCGAUUGCGUCUGGACUUUCUGUCGGAAAAGAGGGCCCAAGUGUGCAUUACGCGGUCUGUACUGGCAACGUUAUUUCGAGAUUCUUUGAUAAGUAUAGACGCAAUGCUGCAAAAACAAGGGAGAUCCUUAGUGCUUGUGCAGCUGCGGGAGUUGCGGUUGCUUUCGGCAGUCCAAUUGGUGGGGUAUUAUUCUCACUAGAGGAAAUGUCCUCGUAUUUUCCACUGAAGACUAUAUGGCGCAGUUAUUUUUGUGCGCUGGUGGCUACCGUUGUUCUGGCUGCUAUGAAUCCGUUCCGUACCGGCCAGUUGGUAAUGUUUCAAGUCAAAUAUGACCGUUCGUGGCACUUUUUUGAAAUCAUAUUUUACAUUGUCAUCGGCGCAUUUGGUGGACUAUAUGGUGCCUUUGUCAUCAAGUGGAAUCUGCGCGCUCAGGCUUUCCGGAAGAAGUAUCUUGCCAGUUAUCCGAUCAUAGAGGCAGUCUUUCUUGCUGCCUUGACCGCGAUUGUUUGUUAUCCAAACAAAUUCCUGCGAAUUGAUAUGACCGAGAAUAUGGAAAUUCUCUUUUUAGAGUGUGAAGGCGGCCAUGAUUACGAUGGCCUCUGCGAGCGCAAGAAUCGAUGGUGGAUGGUAUUUCUGCUUGCCAUUGCCACUAUACUUCGCAUCCUUCUCGUCAUCAUCUCGUAUGGAUGCAAAGUACCUGCGGGUAUUUUUGUCCCUUCUAUGGCGAUAGGCGCCUCCUUUGGUCGAAUGGUUGGCAUCCUUGUGCAGGCAUUGCAUGAAUCCUUCCCUCAUGCGAAAUUCUUUGCUUCCUGCCAACCGGACGUGCCUUGUAUCACUCCUGGAACAUAUGCUUUCUUAGGGGCUGCGGCUGCGUUAAGUGGCAUCAUGCAUAUUACGGUGUCAGUUGUUGUAAUAAUGUUUGAACUUACCGGAGCUCUGACGUAUAUCCUUCCCACAAUGAUCGUCGUAGGUGUCACCAAGGCAGUUGGCGAACGCUUUGGAAAAGGCGGUAUUGCAGAUCGAAUGAUCUGGUUCAAUGGAUUUCCUUUCCUGGACAAUAAGGAGGAGCAUACAUUUGGUGUGCCGGUCUCGCAAGUUAUGACAACUGACAUCUCGAUAAUCCCCUCUUCGGACCUAGAGCUGCAAGAUCUCGAGAAGCUGUUUCUUGACAACAGUUUUCAAGGCUACCCAAUUGUUGAAGACUCCAAUUCGCGGGCCUUGGUUGGAUAUAUUGGACGCACCGAGCUACGCUAUGCAAUUGAUAGAAUCAAGCGCGAACGCUACGUUCCACCAAAUGCAAAAUGCUUCUUUACGGCUUUACCAUCAGUGGAUUUUCCAUCUGCGGAAGCAAGACCGGUCACCUUUGAUGAUAUUGGGCCUACAUCAGACCUAACAUCAAUUGACUUCAGCCAAUUCAUCGAUCCGACCCCACUAGCAAUACACCCUCGUCUGCCGCUGGAAACAGUGAUGGAGCUAUUCAAAAAGCUAGGCCCUCGGGUAAUUCUUAUUGAAUAUCGGGGGAAGCUGACGGGUCUAGUAACUGUGAAAGAUUGCCUCAAGUAUCAGUUCAAGGUCGAGGCUCAUGAGAAUCCCAGGGACAAUUCAGCUUUGGAAGAAGGUCAAGCAAAAGCCUGGGCCGCUUUGUUGAGCUCGGCACGCUGGUUGGGACGAAUACUUGAUACGGUUUCUGGUGGCAGAUUUGGGCGAAAAGGAGAAACUAACAUUGCGCUUGGCUUUCGAACGGCUGCUCCUCAACCGGUGCGCAGGCCCUCGUUGUCGACGACAAGGGAUGAGCCCGAUCAGACAGCUGCAGACAAUGGGCUCGAACUAGAGAACCGUUAAAGAUUUAAUUCCCAUUCAUGAUUUAUGUCUAGAUUUCGAAUUACAAUUUGCCAUCCAAUAUUUAUCUAAUUACAUAUAGAGUCCGAUAAUGCAUUCGGAAAGUGUCCAAUCAGGGGAUAUCACAUUGCCACU